AUGACUUUCUUGGAGGUGGUUUCAGCUCUAAGCCUUAUCUCCCUGGUCUACGGUGAUGGAUUAGUCUGCUACGGGACGGUUCGUUUAUUUCUUUGAUCAAUGAAGAAUACUGUUAAAAAACGACCUGUAAAAAAAGUUCUCUACUCUUCACUUGUUGUUUCAAUUCAUGUUUUGACGCAGGUGUAAGUUUAAUGAAAAUUGAGCAUGCCACUUUUAUAAAGAUUUCAUCAUUAAUUUUUCAAUGAAUAAGUAAUAAGAAAGUUAAUUUCAAUAAAACACCGCAAAAUCGAAAAAAGUCAACUUCUGAACCCAAAAAAUUUAAGUUACGUAGCCCCAAGUAGCCUUUCCGCCUAUCAUUAUUUACCUUAUUGACUUAUUCUUGAUUAGAUUCUGAAGAAAAAAGACCAUCGUAUUGUUAAUUUUAAUAAAAAUUUCACACCAAAAGAAGAUUUCGUUUAGUAUUUGAGGGUAAAAGUAAGCUCGGAAAGUGAGAGAUAGGUUUACAAAAAAAUUUGAGAAAUCAAAUUCAAAUGAAGUACAUGCUUUAUGCGUUGAAUUUGUUUCAAACCUAUGCAUCCUGAUGAAGAGAGACGCAAUAAUAUUUGAGAAAAGGACGGAGUUGUUUAGCACAUAUCUAUUUUACAUAUGAACUUCUUCUUCUUCCCACGCCUUCGUACUUCAAGUCGAUUAACCGAGGUCCUAUCCUGAUAUCAGUGGUGAUCAGUGGAGUGACUAUAGUAACAUAUCCGUCUUUGUUUGGGACGGCUGGAGAUUUUGAAGCCGUGGUUUUUCGCGCCACUAACAUUUUUCGAACCCCUUGGUUGGGUCGAGGCGAGGAUCGAACUUGUAACCCCAUGGACCAUAGACAGGCACACAACCAGCUGCGCUACGCCCCAUGUCACAUAUGAACUAAAGCGGCAAAAAAAAAAACAGAUUUGUUGAAUUUCAGGAGCGCGUGCCGGAAGGACUCGAAUAUGCUUCACUUGAGCGUACUCUCCGAAUCGGAGAUACCAUCACAAUCUACGGAUAUCCUGAUCCAGCUCAAGUUCGGUCAGCGGAAGACAUUAAUUCUGGAAAAUGGAAGUUAUCGUUUUGCAGCUUAGCAGUCGAUUUAUGCCAAGGCGACUGCCCAGUUUGGACCAAAACCCCUCUAUCUGUUCACAUAAAUCCACGCUUCCCAGAAAAUAAUCUUGUUUUCCGUUCAUUCGCGGUGAGGACUAAGAGAAUCUUUUUUUUUUUGGAUUAUGUGAGCAGAAACUUUUUUCGGAACGUCCAUAAUAAUAUUUUCGAUUUCGACAGUUCUCUUGGUUUUGUUCAGGGCGAUUGGCUAAAUAAUGAGGAAAUCGCGCCGAUGCCAAUACAGAGGAGAAGUUUCAAGAUGGAGAUAAAGUAAGUUUUCUGCGGGCAAUAUGAAUAAAAUUCGAACACGGGGUCUUUUUCAUUACCUUUUUCGAAAACAUCAGAAAGAAGUUUUUUUCUUUUGGCUUCGGGCUUCUGAUUUCUCUCUACCUUUAACAUUCGCGGCCUGAUAAUCAUUGAGAGUUUUCAAACUAAAAAAAAAUCAUUUUCAGCGUCGGUGCAGACGGCUACCAUCUCUAUGUGGAUGGCAGAUGGAUUUACAGAUACAGUCACCGUUAUCCCUAUUACAGUUGCGUGAAAUCCGUGCUCCUGGUCGGCAUCAUACUCGACGGCCCAAUAGGGUUCGUUUUUUUUUUAACUUUUUAUUCAUAGGAAAAUGUGAAACUUAAACAACAAAAUCAUUUUUCUCUGAGGCACACCGUUGAUAUGAAAAAGUCCGAACUUUUAGUUUUGUACCCAUAAUUUCAGAGGUUGCGGAAAGGAUCACCUCGGGGGAAUAAAACCCACUGACAAAAUGCACGUGACCCUGUCCAAAGGAUUCGUCCAAACCCGAUGUAAAAAAAAUAUUUUCUUUCUUCAAAAAUAUCUUUUUUCCAGACGCUUCGUGA